CUGAGGGGCGGCCAUCUUGGGUCCGUGAGGCUCGGAGGUGCCGGGAGCGGAGGUGUCGGCGGCCACCGGGAGGAGGCUGAGGCGGAAAGCGAGCCCGAGAGAGAAGAGCAGCCAGGCGCAGGCGCCGCCUCCGCAGCCCCCUCCAUGGUCGGCGCCCGCAGCCCGCGGCGACCUGUCUUAUACCCCACCUCCUCCACAUCCUCCUCCUCUUCAGGGGCCCCCAGCGGCGCUGUGUGGAGGCUCCGGAUCUGAAAUCCGCGGCGCGACGGGCGGGGACGGAGGAGGAGGCGAGGGGGUCCCGGCCCGCGGGGCGCCCUGAGGCGCGGGGACGCCUGCGGGCCGACCCACAGCCCGCCGCCGCCGCUGCUGCCGUCGGCCCGGCCCCGACACUGCCACCCGCGGGGCUCCUCGGCGCGGCCGCCGGGGCCGGGGAAGCAUGAGCCCCGCGACCCGCCGGGGGACGGCCCGGGCCCGGCCCGGGAUCUAGACGGCCGUGGGGGAGGGGAGCCGCCCUAUCGCGGCGCCGCUCCAGAACCGCCGGGCGCUCGACGCCGCCGUCGCCGGCCCCCGAGGGCCGCGCUGUUUUGUUUCACCCUCGCGUCGUGCAGAAGCGAAGUGAAGUAAAAUGUCCACUAGGACCCCGUUGCCAACGGUGAAUGAACGAGACACUGAGAACCACACGUCACAUGGAGAUGGGCGGCAAGAAGUUACCUCUCGCACCGGGCGCUCUGGAGCACGGUGUAGAAACUCUAUAGCUUCCUGUGCAGAUGAACAACCGCACAUCGGAAACUACAGACUGUUGAAAACAAUCGGCAAGGGGAAUUUUGCAAAAGUGAAAUUGGCAAGACACAUCCUUACAGGCAGAGAGGUUGCAAUAAAAAUAAUUGACAAAACUCAGUUGAAUCCAACAAGUCUACAAAAGCUCUUCAGAGAAGUAAGAAUAAUGAAGAUUUUAAAUCAUCCAAACAUAGUGAAGUUAUUUGAAGUCAUUGAAACUGACAAAACACUCUACCUAAUCAUGGAGUAUGCAAGUGGAGGUGAAGUGUUUGACUAUUUGGUUGCACAUGGAAGAAUGAAGGAAAAAGAAGCAAGAGCUAAAUUUAGACAGAUAGUGUCUGCAGUCCAGUACUGCCACCAGAAGCGGAUCGUUCACAGAGACCUCAAGGCUGAAAAUCUAUUGUUAGAUGCUGAUAUGAACAUUAAAAUAGCUGACUUUGGUUUUAGCAAUGAAUUUACUGUUGGCAGUAAACUGGAUACGUUUUGUGGCAGUCCUCCAUAUGCAGCCCCAGAGCUCUUCCAGGGCAAGAAAUAUGAUGGGCCGGAAGUGGACGUGUGGAGCCUGGGUGUCAUCCUUUACACUCUGGUCAGCGGGUCACUCCCCUUUGACGGACAGAACCUGAAGGAACUGAGAGAGAGAGUGUUGAGAGGGAAGUACAGAAUCCCUUUCUACAUGUCUACAGACUGUGAAAACCUUCUCAAACGUUUCCUGGUGCUAAAUCCGAUAAAACGAGGCACUCUAGAGCAAAUCAUGAAGGACAGGUGGAUCAAUGCAGGGCACGAGGAAGAUGAGCUUAAGCCAUUUGUUGAACCAGAACUGGACAUCUCAGACCAGAAAAGAAUAGAUAUUAUGGUGGGAAUGGGAUAUUCACAAGAAGAAAUUCAAGAAUCUCUUAGUAAGAUGAAAUACGAUGAAAUCACAGCUACGUAUUUGUUGUUGGGGAGAAAAUCUUCAGAGCUGGAUGCUAGUGACUCCAGUUCUAGCAGCAAUCUCUCACUUGCUAAGGUUAGGCCAAGCAGUGACCUCAACAACAGUACCGGCCAGUCUCCUCACCACAAAGUGCAGAGAAGUGUUUCUUCAAGUCAGAAGCAGAGGCGGUACAGUGACCAUGCUGGACCAGCUAUUCCUUCAGUUGUGGCAUAUCCAAAAAGGAGUCAGACCAGCACUGCAGAUAGUGACCUCAAAGAAGAUGGAAUUCCCUCCAGGAAACCAAGCAGCAGUGCUGUUGGAGGAAAGGGAAUUGCUCCAGCCAGUCCCAUGCUUGGGAAUGCAAGUAAUCCCAAUAAGGCAGAUAUUCCUGAACGUAAGAAAAGCUCCACUGUGCCUAGUAGUAAUUCAGCAUCUGGUGGAAUGACGCGGCGGAAUACUUACGUCUGCAGUGAAAGAACUACAGCUGACAGGCAUUCAGUAAUUCAGAACGGCAAAGAAAGCAGCACUGCUCCUGACCAGAGAGCUCCAGUUGCGUCCACACACAGUAUUAGCAGUGCAGCCACCCCAGAUCGAACCCGCUUCCCAAGAGGCACUGCCAGUCGUAGCACUUUUCACGGCCAGCCCCGGGAGCGGCGCACUGCCACGUAUAACGGCCCACCUGCCUCGCCCAGUCUGUCCCAUGAAGCCACACCGUUGUCGCAGACUCGAAGCCGAGGCUCCACUAAUCUUUUUAGUAAAUUAACUUCCAAACUCACAAGGAGGGUCAUCACAAGGCUGUCCCAGGCCUCCCCAUGCCUUAGCUCCUUCCCUGGAGACCGGGCUGCUUAGUGUCAACUGCUGCUUCGCCCCCAGGCCCUGUGCGCAGAGGGGAUGUGCAGAGUCAUGUCUGUCCCAGCUCUAGUCACAGGCAGGACGGUCAGCUCUGUGUCCUUACACUUUGGUUUGUGAUGGGCUCUCCAAGCAAAACCUUGCAUGUCAUUAAAGCCCUUGAAUUUAUUUGUCUCCUUUGUGCUGUUUUUCUGGUCAUCUUAAUACUAUCAUUGAUAAAAGUAGUAUCAACCACCAUAUACUGCGUGCUUACUGUGCACUGAGAUAAACAGGUGUCUGUAGACUGAUAGAUACAGAAAUCCUCGUUUUACAUGCGUAAAUAUGAGUGUGUAUACACACACAUUCUGUCUAAUCCCCACAAUCUGCCCUGUGAGGAGGACAUCCCAUUGUGUAGAAGAGACUGGAGAUGAGGUUCAGAGAGAUUAAAGCACACGGUCAAGAUCCUGCAGCGAAAGAGUCCGUGUCCCCACAGGAGCCCGGUAUGUAGUGCUCCCUGGUAGACGACCGCCAAGGACUGUUACAGGCACGAGUCCUUCUCCUUCAUUUUCUAAUUAAAUUUAUUUCAAGUGUUUGAAUUGAAAUUAGAGACUGAGGUUUCUUGUUAAAAAUAUUCUGGUGGGGGGGAUCAUCUUAUUAUUCAGCUUCCACCCCCACAUUUUGCAGAAAGAUCAUCUUCUGUUUGUUAGUUUGCAGUCCAAGGGCUGUAGUCCCCUUGGUCCUGUGCUUCAGUUGUAGUCGGUUCAUUCCUAAAAACACUCGGGGUCCUUGCUGCUGCCACGUCUGCUUCUUGCCCUCCCCUAACGACAGUUGCCAGGAUUAAGGGGCUAGCACCUGAAAGGUCCGGUGUUGGCACUGAGAUGCCGCCAGGGAGACCUGCCGGGACUUGGUGGGAAGAAGGCUGGUAUCAGAAGGCUACACUCUGCUCCUAGCAGGGCCCUGCGUGUUGUGUGGCUUCAGAGAGCUGUGGCUCUGCGCCCUCUGUGGGCAGAGGGGGCGAGGCCUACCCCCCAGGGCCUGGCCGCUCCUCCCCACCCCCGGGGACCUGGCCACCAGCUCGGCACAUACUCAGUCACCCAUACCCUGCGAGCGGAACAGCCUGGCCUUGCUGGCUCGUAAGGAUCCGUCCCCGUGGAGGAGGGUGAGAGCUCCAGCCCUGCGGCCGCCUCUUCUUUGUACCUGAAGGGAUUUGUAGGAGGAAAAGUUGAGAAAGGCAGCCCUAUGAUACCUGACUUUCUCAGGUAGAAAAUUUGGAAAUGAGAAUACAUUUUAAAGACCUUUUAAUCAAUUUUCAAUUAAAAUAAUCUUUUGAAGUAUACUGCCCUGUAUUUAUGUAGUGUUUAAUUAUUUACAAAAUAUUUUCACAUGCAUGAUCUUUUCUGUGUGUAGCCCUGCCGUGUACUACUUUUGAGCUGAUUAUGAAGUGGUUGACGGUUAUCUACAGCAGUUAGAUACUUUUAGAAUUGGUUGGGAUCUGAAGCAAUGCUGAAGUCAUCCCGAAUUAGGGGGGAAAAAUUAGGGGAAGGAAUGUAUUAAUUCAGUCACUCAGCAAAUACUUACGUGUGCCUCCUGUGCUCAUAGACCGAGUUCUAGAAAUAGUCUGAUAGGCCAACCUGUACUUGCCCAGGAGUGCUGGUCACAUGAUCAUACAAGCCUGGUCCACAGUUUGAAGUUCUUUGUGUCAUACUCUGUUCAGUACAGCCUCCUUUAAGCAUCUUCUUAAAUUGUUUUUAACUAGCAGAGUCACUUCUUUUAAAUGCAACUUUCCAGUUUAUUACAUAAAAAUAAAACCCCUACUCUUGUCAUUUAAUUUUCGUUCAUUUUGGUAGCUAAAACUCUGAAAAGUCUACUUCAUUUUAAACUCCCCAUAACUUACUAGAGUGCUGUAUGUCAAGUGUAUUAAAACUGCAAGGGGAAAAAAAAAACCUCCAGAAACUUUUUUUUUCUUAAAAAGUGAUUUAUAUCAUACCACCGUGGCAGAGGUUCUGUUAAUGUUUAAAUCAUCUUCCUGAAAUAAGUAAUAAUUCCCUUCAUAGAUAUUUUAUAAUGAAAUUUUUAAUUUUUCUAUAUAAGGUGAGAUUUUGUUCAUAAAGUAUUCUGAAGAAAAUUGAGAAAUGUUAUUACUAAUACAUUGCAAAUGACUUUAACACAAGAUGUUGAAUUUUGUUGGCUCGAGGUAUAUCCAUCUGAAGAACCUUUAAUUACAGCUGAUGUCAAUAUUUACUGCUAAAUUUUUUCUUGCAAGCACAGAUUUUUUUAUUUUUCUGUUAAAAGAUCACAUGCCACUUAUCUGCGAUGAUUUUUUCAUCAAAUGUCACAGUUUCACUGUCGGACAGGAGGGGAGCCCCAUUUUACUUGCUGUUUUUUGUUCUCUGUAAUUGACUAUUUAACUUGUGGAAGUCAUUUUUGUUAAUUUUUUUUCUUUGGCUU